CGCUUAACCGCCACCAGGGGGCGCUGAUCACCAACCCUGAGAGACGGAGACUUGUGUCGAAAGCGCGGCAUCUUUACAGAUAGCGCUACAUUUUCAUUUACUGCACUUUUGGUAAGACUGCACGCGAUGAAUAUAUAUUUCUGUGGCAGUAUCAGGGGAGGAAGGCAGGAUGUGAAGAUUUAUCCAAAAAUUGUGAAGAAAUUGCAGACCUUUGGACAAGUUUUGAGCCAUGAUGAUAUAUCUGAGAAAGGUGAGGAUGCUCUACCGGGAGGAGACGAGGCUAUCUAUGACCGUGAUAUGGAGUGGCUGGCUCAGUCUGAUGUUGUAGUUGCUGAAGUAACCCAACCGUCUUUUGGUGUGGGUUAUGAAAUCGGUCAAGCCAUGGCCAUGAAAAAGAGAAUUCUCUGCCUUUUCCGACCCUCAUCAGGGAAAGUGCUGUCUGCAAUGAUACAGCGGGCUGAGGGCAAGUUGGGCAGCUCUCUCUUCCAGGUACGGGAUUAUGAAGAAGAGGAAGUUGAAGGCAUUCUGGAGAAUUAUUUUGGUGAACUCACCAAGAACUAAUGUGCAUUAAAAAUGCACUAUAUUGCCAAAUGUAUGAAUACCUGACCAUCACCGCCAGAUUUUCUUGUUGAACAUGUCUUUCCAAAACUAUGGCCAUGAAUAUGGAGCUGGUCCCCCAUUUGCUUUUAUAACAGUGUCCACUCUUCUGGGAAGGCUUUCCACUAGAUCUUGGAAUGUGGCUGGGAGGAUUUGUCCAUUCAACCAUAAGAGCAUUAGUGAGGUGGGGCACAGAUGUUGGGUGAGGAGGCCUGGUACACAGUCAGCAUUCCAAUUCAUUCCAGAGCUCUGUGCAGGUCACUCGGGUUCUCCCACUCCAACCUUGGCAAACCUUGUCUUCGAGGGCCUCAGGUUUGGGCCCCUUAGUUCCAGUGAAGGGGAAUUCAGCAUACAAAGACAUCCUAUAUAAUUGUGUGCUUUCAACUUUGUGGGACUCAAACAGUUUGACGACCCACAUAGGGGUGUGAUGGUCAGGUGUCCACAUACCUUUGGUCAUAUAGUGCAGAUCACCCAUAAUGUAAUGAGUAAUUUCAUUAUCCAGCUCUGUAUAGAACGCUUUUUGUAAGUAGAUAUUUUCAUUUAAAUAGUUCAGAGGCACUUAGGUUUUAUAUAAAUUACUGACACAUGAUGCAUUUGUGUUUGUUAAAAUAUGGGUGUCUCUCAGAUUGAAAGAUUUAAAACAAGAUUCCACAAGAAUAAAAUGUUGUGAUGUUUUCUAUCAUAUUAAUUAUUUUUCCACAUUCUUGCAUCUAAUUUUUGUUCUUAUUUUACUGUAUCUGAUGUAAACAAUUUGAUCAUAAUUUGUAAUAAUGGAAAAAGAGGGAAGAGUUAAAGGAGUGUGACAGCAUUGACCAGGAGUCACUUAUUUGCAUAUAGCUGCUUAAUGAAAGCUGGCAGUAGGGCCAGAUUCAUAGAUAUUUGCAUAGAUAUUAGGCUCUAGUGUAAAAACCAGUGAACUGGAUAUAGAACUGACAGGCAGCUCCACAGUACAGUAGUGGGUUGUUUGAAAUUCCAUCAUGACACGUAAAAUGUUCCAGUGCUCAAUCCUACCCAUACUCUCCAGUGCUCAGGAUCAGUACUGAUGCACCUUACUCACUUUUCUUUAUUAUGACCUCAUUAAGACACAGUUACUUGUACCUGGUGACAUUCUCUUUGCAACAUCUCACAUUUGUUUGCUGAAUUUCUGGGGCAGUGCUUAAGUGUUUAGUCUGCUAAAGACAAUGAAUGCAAAAGUAACUGAUUUUAAAACCAACCAAGUUUCAGUGGUACAACAACAAAAGAUUUAAAACUGUUACAAAUGUAAAUUUACUGUGUUUUGUUGUCAGAAUAUUGUAAUAUUUAUUUGAGUAAAUACUAGCUAAUCAGUGGGAGGGGAGUGGUUCAGCUGGUUGAAUGUAGAAUUACAAGUAUCUCUAAGUAUUUUUGUUAUUGAAGCCUAUAAUGGCCUAUAAAUUCUAAUAAUUUAAUAUUACUGACAACUAUAGCCUUUCACACCUUCUGUAUGUUUUAUACAAUCAGUUUUUUAUACAUCCAUUACUGGUUGUGUAUGAUCCCACACAUGCUCCCAAAUAUGAAUACAUUUACCCCAGAUGCUUGCCAGAAAUUACCGUGAUUGAACUGCAAGUUAGUUCAGUUAUCCAAUUAUCUUUGAAGCAGAUCAUCUUUGAUAUAUCUCUGAAUUUCUACUCUCUAUUUAAUAAAUAACCCCCUGUGUAUACUGUA